UUAGAAAACAAACCAGUAAAUGGCCGCAGACCAGAACUCAUGGAAUGCAGUAUAUGUGGUCAUGGUGAAAAAUACAGGGUGAAAACAAACCAAACAGUACCGGUUGAAAAUGUGCAGUCUAAGGAGAAAGAAAGAAUGACAGGCUUAGAAGCAGAGAAGUGGACACAUAACGAGAAGCCAUCUUUUGGUGUCCAUGUCAAUGGAGAUAUCCAUGGAGCUGUGACAGGCAACGAACACUUGAAAAACACUGAAGACGGUGAAAGAGCUGUCUCUCCCAGUCAGUUAGCUGAGCCAAAAAAACCAUUUGCACAGACCAUCAAAAAUGGCAUAAAAACCCUACAUUAUUCACCACCGGAAGCAGCUGCUUCGCUGAAAAAAGUAUCCAUAGAGGAAAGGACAGAUUUGACAGGCACCUCCCGUAUGCAAUGGACGAAGGGUACCAAUCUGAAUAACAUAGUAAACACUCUGACGACUGGCGUUGGCUGCGUUCACCCAGAAAAACAAGGAAAUGUUUUAGUGAAAGAGGAAAACUGCACUUGCAGCAUCUUUGAGGAUUCUGAUAAGUCAGUUUUGCAGGCAGGUUCUGUUUCGGAUCUACAAGAAAGCUCGCGUUUUCCUCCACUGCCUGAAGAGGAAGUGCAUGUAGGGAAGGGUGGCUUUAAAGUACCUAACUCAGAGACGCAGCAUGAGGAUUCUUUGUUCCAGCCAACUUUCUUGUCCCUGAUUAAAAACAGAAAUUUAACUGUAGAGCAGGUUGUAGCUAUUGAAGCUUUAACACAGUUAUCCGAAGCCCCUUUAGAAACAACUUCACCAGCUAAAACUGAAAGUACCGAAUGUGCAGAAGAAACAACUUCUACCUUGCUCCAUAGUUCCAAAAGGGAUAUCUCCUCCUCCUUCACAUCCUCUGCAUUAAAAGAAAUCAAAGACACUUACUUACAGAAUGAGCAACAGCUCUUGGCUCACUGCGCUCACUCGCAGAAGCAGCUCCCUAAUAAGGCAGUGUUAUACAAUGGCCAAAGUUCAGUUUCUGAAUUGCAUGAUAAACCUGCCAAUCUGGCUGGCGAGAUGUAUAAAUUACAGUUAUCCUCAAGAGAUACCAAAACUUUAUCUGACUUAACAUCUAAUGCAAAAUCAUUUACAGGAUAUACUACCAAGAAAAAUUAUGAUCCAGUCACCCUUGCACAGUAUUGCAAUGCUUCACGUAGUGUCCAGCAAACAAGUAACAACUUGGAAACUCUUGGCCAGUUAGAGCAAAAGCCAGCCUGUAAAGAUUUGAACUUGGAAGCUGGUUCUUUGAUUAAAGAAGGAGGAAUUCACAGCCAGGACGAAGAAGAUGUAGCUACGCAACUAACUCAACUUGCAGCGCUAAUUGAAUCAAACCAGACAAAUCCAGAGCAGAAGAAUGACAUAAAGGCAUCACUGCUUAAUCUAAUAUCACACGAGAGGCAGCCAAAGUAUACCCAGGAUGGGUUGCAGAAAAAAGAAUCUGUAUUUUUUAGGCAUAAUUAUGGUUCCUUACUAUUAAAGCAAAAACAACCAACAAAUAAAAAAGGAAAUGCUGUACCAUGGAAACCAAGACACAAAAAGAAGCCUCAAGAAGCACGCUAUCAACAAAAUAAUCAAAACCAGCUAGAGCUGUUGUCAUGCCAGCGUAGUGAGUUACAGGACAUUUGGAUAUCAUCAAAACUGCACAAGCUUGGUCAGACCAUGCCACAGGACUCCAGAAUAGCUCCGUCUGAAAAAAAAUCUCCAAGAACCAAAGUACAGAGAGCACUGAAUCAAAAUACUUUAGCAUCACAAGAAAAAACUAGAUUGUUUCUCCCGCAAACGCAGAUAAAAUUCCAUAGGUGUUUACCUGAGGUACAGCAAGAGAAAAAAAAAGACAGGUUGUUUAGCUGUGAAGUGGUGAAUGAGCAAAGCAAAACUGCUGGCUGCAGUGACCCACUAAGCAUCGAUCCACUGAAAAAUGAAGUUGUUGCACGUAACCAGUAUAGCGACCUGUCCUCCCGUCAUCCUCUAGCUGUCUCCCAGUUCAAAACAGCAUCCUUAUUGAACAGACCAAGUGAAAACUUACAGAUGUUUACAGAAAAAUGUAAUUCUCAGGUACAGCAAACAGCAAAUGUCAGUCAGAUGCAUCCUUUGCCUCAAACUUUUAAUCAGUCCAACCUGAGAGCUAACGAAACGCGCAGUGAAGACAAAGCCUAUAUUCAGCAGGGCGCUGUUGAACAACAAGCAGCUCUGAAGCCGCAGGUGCUGCCCGUUCCCUGUGGUGGGGCCUGGGUACCAGGUGCUGUUGAAACUCUCAGGAAUAUGGAGUGUUCGGGCGACGUGACCGUUCUGACAUCAACCAGUUUGGGUACUGACCACCCACAGAGCACAGGCGACUCAGGGUGUUCUCCGGCAAAAAACACGCUCAGCAGUUUCCUUGAAUCACCUAUGAAGUUUCUCGAUACCCCUACAAAAAAUUUGAUAGAUACACCUACAAAAAAAGGACAAUCUGAAUUGCCAUCUUGUGACUGUGUUGAGCAAAUUAUAGAGAAAGAUGAAGGCCCAUAUUACACACACCUCGGGACAGGACCAAGUGUUGCUGCUGUGAGAGAAAUAAUGGAGAACAGGUAUGGAGCAAAAGGAAGCGCUGUAAGAAUAGAGGUAGUGGUUUAUACAGGAAAGGAAGGAAAAAGCUCUCAGGGGUGUCCAAUUGCCAAGUGGGUGAUAAGAAGAAGUAGUGAUGAAGAGAAGUUGCUGUGCUUGGUACGUCAGCGUGCAGGACACCACUGUCAAACCGCUGUCAUCGUGAUUCUCAUACUGGCCUGGGAAGGGAUCCCUCAUCUCCUGGCUGAUACGCUGUACAAAGAACUGACACAGAGCCUCAGAAAAUACGGCUGUCCCACCAGCCGUAGGUGUGCGUUAAAUGAAGAUCGUACUUGUGCGUGUCAAGGACUUGAUCCAGAAACUUGUGGAGCGUCGUUCUCAUUUGGCUGUUCAUGGAGUAUGUAUUUCAAUGGCUGUAAGUUUGCCAGAAGCAAAAACCCCAGGAAAUUCAGGCUUCUCACUGAUGACCCUAAGCAAGAGGAACUUCUUGAAAAUAAUUUGCAAACUUUAGCUACUGAUGUGGCUCCGGUUUAUAAAAAGCUUGCUCCUGAAGCUUUCCAGAAUCAGGUGGAAAAUGAACACAUGGGCCCAGACUGUCGGCUUGGAUCCAAGGACGGUAGGCCUUUCUCUGGUGUAACAGCUUGCAUAGAUUUCUGUGCCCAUGCCCAUAAGGACACACACAACAUGCACAACGGAAGCACUGUGGUACGUACUUAG